CUGCUCAGAACGCACAGGAAUUGCAGUACAGUCUAAUGUAACAGUUCAUUUAGCCCCCCCCAAAAUCAUCUCUUAAAUAAGUUGAUUAUCAGCUUCAGAAAGAUAAUGACUAUAUUGUUGUAUUAUGCUUCACACUGAUUGGCUGUUAUUUAUUUUUUUAGUUUUUAAACCGCAGGUUAGCUCAGAUUUCCUUUUUUUCUCCUCUGCUUGUGAAAUGAGUGCUGCCGAUUGGAAUUGAGAGAGAGGCAGCACUGCCUAACGCAGGCAGGCGCCACGAUGGCUUCCCCGGACAUCCUGCAAACGAGCGCGCCUCAGUGCCCCACGGCUGCCUCUCUCAAGCAGACGCUGCCUGUUGAAUUGGGGGUUGAUGUGGAGAGCUCCAACACCAUCGCACUUGUGACCCAGUAAGCCUUACUCAGCACACCCAGGCCUCCAGACAUGAAACACAUUCACCACUGGUGUCUGCUGGUCAGAGCUGCUAGUUUUCAACUGGUCGUGAUGAUUCAGGAGACUCUGCGCUGGUUAAACUGGUCCAGUAAAAUCCCUUUGUAAAGUCCUAAAGUCAACUGUAGUCUUCACUUAUAAACUGCUCCUUUUGCUGUAAACCCCAUCUGGGAUUGGGUAUACUGUGCCUGCUGGGUGCCCAAUAAAAGGCCAGUAAAUAUUUGUACCAAUUCCCAAUACUAAACUGGUCAAACCGCUCACUGCCAUCACAUCCCAUUUUCUGCAAGGUAGUGAUGGGAACUCAUCACAGGCUUAUUCAGUAAACAACGCAGCACAUGCAGUAACAUUCAAAAGCAAUUGUUUCCGCCUAGAGCUAGAGACAGACUGGUAAUGAAUUAGAAACCUGUGCCCAGAACAAUCAAAUGCAAGGUGAUGCAAGUCGCCCUUCGACCCAGCAGCCAGAACGGACCGAUCCCCGUUCCCUGCUGGGCUCACUCUCCCCUCGUCCUCCUCCAAGCAGACGCUCCGGCAUGCCAUCCUUUGAAAUAAAAGUAAUCCAAUCCCAGUCGACAUUCAAUGACAGUACCUAGAGCAUGGGUCCAAGCCUGGUCCUGCUGAGCUGCUGGUUUUCAUUUCAACCAAUCUCUGUUACUUCAUUGAACCAGUUACUGGCUCAAUCAGUCAAGAUUAACAGGAGUUCCACAUGCUGGAUAGCGGCCCCGAGGACCAGGGCUGGAGACCCCUGACCUAGAGUAUACCUUUACAGGGGGUGGGAUAAUCAGGGUUAUCUUUCUGCUAGAGAACAUACAGUGAAUUAUGUUGAAACGACAUUAAGAGAUGGGUGAUAUUUGCUGGAGCAGUUGCACAACAGACAACUAACCAAUCAUGUCUUCUGUAGGAAUACAUCAUUUUUAAAGUUCUGUAAAUCUGCACAUGUCACAAACAUCUCUCCUUAUAAACAAUACGUAAUAAAAAAAGAAUCCAAGGUAACCAGUCGCAGACAACAGGCUUCCCAGGUCAUCCACGGGGUGCACUGGCAAUGCAGACUAAUUUACCUGAGCUGGGAUGAAAAGAACCGGCUUCAUUGGCACAGGAUCGCUCCAUUCACUCUUCCAGGCACCCGGGAUACCGACACACGGGUCUGCAUUGUAAUGGCACAGUAAUUGCUACAGGCUGAUCGCUUCUGGUAUUUAAGUGCUUUGUUAUCUAUUCUCUUCAUUCGUUACUCUGGUCGUCCGUUUAAAAGGGAUCACAGGCACUGGAAUGCCCAUUAUAUCCAAACAAUCCGUCUGACACACGGAAAGCCCUCCACCAUCACAGGCGUUUGGUCACCGCUUUGAUUAACAUCGGGUUAUAUAAACUUCGCGCUGCAGGGACCCUGCACCAUGAAACAAACUGUACGGAGAAGCAACUGAGAAAAAGCUGCCAAGCCGAUUACUUGACGAUCUUUCUCCAACACUCAAGAACUUGCGCAGGAUGAAGGGUGCUUGCCCCCUGUCUAUCCUGCUGCUCCUGGAGCUGGGCAGCUGUUUGCUUGACCGUACAAGUCUCAAGGAUGGAGUGGUUUUGGAAGACCUGCAGCGCCUGAACGCACAGCCCAAGGGCGCCCCCUUCUGGCUGAAAGCAGAAGUGGUCCGGGAGAAGAAAUCGGAUGAUCUGAAUUCGCUGGUGAGCGUCGCGAAGGAGCUCCAGGGCUACGGCAAGGAGCGGGCCGGAUUCCACUUUCGGUUCGGGAGGGGAGACGACGAGGAGGAGGAGGAGGAGGAUAUGCAGUGGAGGGAAGAAGAUGAGCUACCGGGAAGUGUCAGGAAGCGGGAAGCACCCGAGCUACUCCGGUUGAUUCUGAACCCUGUCCAAAGACGAGCUGGCGAGCUGGAGUCUCUAUCCGACGAACUGAGCGGGUAUCGCUUUCGAUUCUGGAGGAAAUGACCCAGACUGCGUCUCCUAUCGCAGCAGAAAAUAACAUUAGCAGCUAAAAAUUAGAAUACAAAUGUUUUAUUUAAAAUUGCACUUUUUGUUUUGUUUAAAUGUGUUUUGUUUGAAACUCGUAUUGAUCAAAGUUUUGUCAAAAAGCUUGCAGCAUUGCAUAUUUUUUUUUACACAAUGCGAGUUAAAUUGUACCAUAAACAUUGCAGGUCAUUUGACUAGUUGAUGGAUCUACCAGCCUGGGAAGAGUAUGUGGGCUGUUGAUAAAUUAAAGUUGGCAGGUAGCCGCUGUACACCCCGGGCUGUAGUUGCUCAUUAAAGUUUUUUGGCCAUGUUCUGCAAAAGCUACGCUAACAGAUUAAACAUUUCACUCGCUUUGAGAAGCUGCCCUGUUACUUUCUGGCUUGCAUUGUACUGUUGCAACAUCAACUAGCAACGAAUGGCACACUGAACAGCAGUGAUUUGUUUUGCUCGAUUCUGCAGGCAGUUAUGUUUCGUCAUUUUCAAAUGUGACUUCAUUGACCAAUACACAGAACUCGAGUUCCCCAUUCCCCACCAGGUUUCUGGCAGUGUGGUAUCCACAGCGGUAAACGCGCUACCAAAUAAUUCCAUAAAUCUCACGGAACCCCGUCCCUCUGAUCCUGUAGGUAAUCAGAUGUGCAGUUUUGAAAGAAACACACGCUUUUUUAUUGUAAAACAUUGCUGUUACUAGAGGAGAUAAAAGAAGCGUCUGUUUGCAAGCGGUGCUUUUACACACUGCUGCUCGAUUCAGAAGGCAGCCCAAGGAUCGUCCAGCAACCACGGUGCAGUUUUGCAGGUUAGUGCGUUACACCGCCAGGGAGUUUCAGGGUGUUAGUAAAUGUCCUUCUAUUUAGAGGCGCUGCUGUUUUCUGCCGCUCAGCUGUUUCGCAACACCUAUUAGCAAAUGUGUAGCUUUUGGACUGCAACAUUCACAUCGCUAUGCAAAGAGGAACUGUUUCCAGCGCGUUAUACAGCAACUCGUGUUUCAUCACUUUAAUAAAACAGCACGAAGCUCGGUUUCCCUUCUCUCUUUCUAACACUAGUAUGGCAAAUUAGUACGUGUGUGUGUGUGUGUAACUAAUUUGUAAUUGAGAAAACACACACUCACAAACUACAAAUUCAAAUACAGUGUACAAACCUCUGGAGGUAUAGGAAAUACAGAAUUCCAGAGCAAAAAAAAAACUAAAACAGUCAGGGUU